AUGGCUUCCUUUGGGCAGCUGACUGGUGCUUUCCUGAAGGCUUCACAGGAGACAACCCUGGCAUUCGCCAACUUGAAUUUCGACUUUUCCAUCAUCAAGUACGAUGCACCCCAAGAGUACAGAAGGCUGGGUGAAGCGCUCACAAAGCGACGGAGAGACGAGGCAGAGGACGGGCAGCUCCACGUCACGGCCCGCAAGCUGAGUGCGCUUUUCCACAGCGUCAUGCCCGAAGUGCCCAACUUGAUACAGGCGUAUGGAAAGCGUGUGAGCGAGAUCGCCAAGCUACCCCAGACGAAGACCAAGUCUUCGAUCAACCCAGCGAUCUUUGCCGACCAUCUUGGCGCUGACGGAACUACCAUCUGGGCAGCAGCCACAUCUGGCCGUGAGGCAGUCACGAUACACCUCCUCGCAUGCAUGCUAGCACGGAUAUGGACGCGGGAAGAGGCGAUCUCUGUCUGGAGCGAACUUGUGGAGCAGAGAAAGGCACACCUUCGGACCCAGAUUGCAAAUUGCGAACACGAGUUUAAGGCAUCGGACCUCACGGCUUCCCGCCUUGAGAUCAGCAGGGUUCAGCUAGAUAGCUGGGAUGCCAGUGCUCGUGUGGCUGAGAGCAAUCAGCAAGUGUUCCAACGCGACUCUCUCGUCGAACCUGGCGGGAUUGUCACCAUUGGCUUACAGGGCAAGCAUGACGAUAGUCAGGGGUUGUUUUGGUCUCUCCCUCUGGCACACGCCCGUUACUAUGGAGACCCUGUUAUGAUCAAGCGACAUGCCGGAGUGGGAGACUCUCGGGUUGCGUUUGAGGAUUUUCUGUUUGUCUGCCUCGGAGCUGUUCUCGGAGGAUGGAAAAUAGCAAGCUCUCGCCUCGACGCUGCACUGGAGCUGAUACAUAAAUUUGCUGCAACUGUCCGAUGGCAAGGGGCUGCUCUCACAGACAGGCCAAAAAGGCUAGAAUGGCUCCGAACCUUCGGGGAGGCAAUCAGUCUGUACACAAAGUCGAGGGACGUACGACGACAAGAGAUCACACACCUUCUCUUAUUUGGCCAGCGAAGAUCGCGCGAGUUCCUUGAUGCAAACAAAGAGAAAAUCGCUCCCUUCUUUGGCCUGACCGAAUUCACUGGUCUUGUCACUUCCUUCAACAAUGAUUCUUCUGGAUGUGUUUAUUUUCUCAAGAUGUGGGCCCUGAACAAUCUGAAAGCCUCGAAAGCAAAGCAUGCUGUCAUUAGAUACCACACAACGUCUUUUUCGACAGCCCAAUACACCACGGUGCUUGACAACGAGUCCUCGAAGAAGCGCAGGAGAACUCGAAGCAGCACGCAGCAAGUCAACCCUUUGAACGCUCCUCUCACCUGGGCAGACUCGGAAGACUGUCCCACAUUCGACAUGACAACAAUCUACAUGCCCGGUCGGCUAGGCGGUGAACGGGAAGACUACACCAUAGUGUGUGGCGAACCAUCUAUCGCGGCUGUUUAUCUACCGUCUCGGAUUCGCGAAGAACGCCAGACGCGGAUUGCAGUAGGGCAGCUCAUUGAUUGCUUGGAGAGGGCCGAACUAGAUCUGUCUCAACUGGUCGAUUCCUUCUUUACCGAGUACAAAAGGCUCGAAUCGAGCAAUUAUUUCCAGUCCUUGCAGGCCAUUGAUACAGCUAAACUUGUAUUCGACAAGCUUCCCGGCGCCAAAGUUGAUCUACGUGUGACCCUAGCAAGCCCAAGUGGAGCAAAGUGGUGGCAAUCGACUGUGUGCAAUCACGAACUAGGAUUGGCGACAACAUUGAGCUGCAUCGCCUACUUCGAGACUGGAGGGUUGGACAUUGACCCGGACUCAAUAGGAGAUGACACAUUUGCACUGUCGUAUAAUGCCUCUAUCUUCGUGGCAAGCAAUCUUUUGCGAGAUCCUGGCGAAGAUGACCCCGAGCCCCUGGUUGAGGUACUCUUUGGUAAUGUAGGACGUCCAGGCCUGGCAUUCCUGAUCAGUCCGCCGGAUCCCAGAAUUGCAGAGGUGAACUUUGCAGAGUGGAAUCUGGUCACUCAUGCUCCCUUUGACGGCUCCUUUCUGGAUGGAUUCGACAAGACCACAUUUCACUUGUCCUUCACCGGUUACGAACUCCCGGUAGAUGUUGACCGGCGGAGCAAUAGAGAUGCACCGGCAUAUUUCCUCGAGACUGCCAUAUCCAUUUAUGAUAGGGGUAGGUGGAUUGGUGAUAUCAACAACUCUAGAUCUUGGGACGAUGUCAUCAAGAUAUCUGGAACGGGGUGCCAUCACAGUGCUUCACAGAAGGCAGACAUAUCCUGCCUUCCGUCCUUUAUCGCUGUAGACACUUGGCAAGAGCUUCUUGAUACCCCAGCCGAGAGUUUCAUGAUCCGCGCGUUCGACAAUCCCAUAGGACGCCUCGCGACGGCCUUGAUUGCAGCUAGAGUGGUAGAGUAUGUUCUCAUUCUAUCAAGGAAGGAUCCCUGCUGGGCAUGUUUGAGACGAGAUCUACAUGGGCUCGGAGAUUCAGACGCAACAGAGACUUUAACUGGGAAUUCAGUAGAUGAUAUCAAUGAUUUCUACUAUGACGAAGGACAGUCUGAGGCCCACGACGAAGACUCCUUCGAGGCGUUGGAUUGUCAGUUUGCUCUGAGGGGUGAUCAGGAACGUGAUAGCUAUGGGCUUGACUUCCAGAUGCCCGAGGAUAACGAGGAGCUGGAUAUUGAUAUGGAAGCAAAGAUGCUUCAAAUUGGCCGAAUCGCCGUCGUAUUUUGA